GGGAGAUCAGUGAUUAACUGAGGUUAGUGACCCAAGGGGUACCCACGCAUCCCUGCACGGGGUCCGGACAGGAGGCUUUCAAGUUUCAAUGCAGCUUUUUGUAGCUGCACUGGCUGACCAUGGGGACGGUUAAUCGUGACUGUCCGAGUCACUUUGACCUGUACAGAGUGUGGACUGCCGCAUCAUGUAACUUGUCACCGCCUAUUGAUCAGAUCCGAAUCACGCCAAGCCCAUGUUCACCGGCAGUGUCGUUUCGCGACUCCGAACCUUCACAUAAGUACCAGCCUCACUACAUAACGCGUGCCCUUUAUAAUAGUGAGGUACAAGGAUCACACCAUAGUUCGAUUCCCUUACCCCUUCUAGUGUACUUAGUCCAUGGCAGAGCGUAGGGUUGCCCAUGCUCGACAGAGCAGCAGUAUCACAGGCAGUCAAAUCAUCCCUCAGGAAUGCAUCGGGCAACACUCACCCAAACCGCUCUCGGCCACAGAAACAGGUCCAGUUGAUCCUAAGGAUCUCGAGACUGGUGGCGAGCUUCUGGAACCGAGAUUGAAAACCAUCUGGCACCGUUUCCUUGGACGAGGCAGGAAACCUGUCGGCGUGAUGAAGAGUAUAAAAAAGAUAUAUGGGUGUUCAUGGCUCAAUGUGCUGCUGCUCCUGACGCCGGUAGCAUGGUGGGCACAUUUCGACCAGCGUUUCGCUGACAGUCAUACCGUUGUUUUUUCACUUUGUCUCUUGACAAUUAUCCCGCACGAGUGCUUGUUCGACUACUGCGGUGAACAGAUGGCUUUGUAUUGUGGCCAGGAUUUUGGCAACUUGCUCACGAUCACUUUGAACAAUGCGGUUGAGGUGACCCUCGCUAUCAUGCUCCUGCUCAAGUGCGAACUCAAACUGCUUCAAUCGACCAUCACUGGUGUGGUCCUAUUGCACCUUCUCCUUGUUCCUGGAGCCGCUUUUCUGACAGGCGGUGCCGAAAUAUGGGAACAGGACCUGCACCCUAUCCACACCCAACUCAAUCAUACUUUGCUUACUGUUGGAGUGUUGGCCCUGUUAUUGCCCGCUGCAUUCUAUGCAGCUAUAAGUGGUAGUACUUCCAAUGCGAUACCGGCCAAUGGCGAUCUCCCGGACCUUACUAGCAGCACCCAAAUUGAUUUCUUGCGCAUGAGCAGAGGGCUUGCAGUGUUGCUCCUUCUUAUAUACAUCUGUUCGCGGAUUUUCUAUCACAACCCUCCUGGUGCUGGAAACAACUCGUUGACCCAUGUUUUGACACCCCCCGAAUACAAGGCUCGCGAGGCAAAACUAGAGCGAGAGGAGCCUGAGGUUAACCAAUGGGUUUGCAUCUGCUUCCUGAUUCUCGACAUUGCGAUUGUGGCUGUGACCUCAGAAUGGUUGGUGGACAGCAUCGAGCCUGUGAGGAAUGUUUCCGGCAUCACGUCGGAGUGGUUCGGCUUGGUCCUCUUACCCUUUGCUUCCUUCUCAGCGGAUGGUGCCGUUGCAGCAGGCUACUUUUGCCACAAGACUCUUCGUCGAGUAUGGUCUAAGACCAAGGAUCCCGGCGAACCACCCAAUACUAUGGCCAAAGCUGAAGCUAUUGACUUGAGCAUUCAGUUCAUCCUGCUCUGGAUGCCGUUCCUAGUUCUGCUUGGCUGGUGGACCGGAAAGCCUUUCAACUUGCUAUUUGAUUUCUUUGAAGUAGCACUACUCCUAGGUGCCUGCUUCCUUGUCAAUUUCGUAACUGCCGACAGUAAAACAAACUGGGCAGAGGGAUUCAUUUUGUUGUCAUUUUAUGCCAUGAUGGUGCUUUGUACUUGGUAUUAUACGGGAGAAUCUGAUAUAAGUAGUUUAUUACUUUGUUCGGGAGAGACUGAAACAAGUACUUGAAAUCCAUGUUGCAAACUUGUACUCACAUUCCUCGCACAUUACAGUAUCCUACAUACCAUUUUCAAACCCUAGUGUACA